CUUCCUCAUCUUCCCUCCCUCCCUCCUCCAAUCGUUCAUUUCACGGCCCUCCAUUUUUUUGCCUGCCAAAUAUUUAUUUGAAAAAAAGGUCAACAAAACCCGAAAGCAGGUUAACCAGCCCGAUUAUCCCCCCCAAAAUUCUAGGGUUUUCUUAGCAACUCCCGAGCUCUCCCCGGUUCCAGCUUCUCCUCUGGAUUCAACCAGUUGUUGUGAGAUAUAAUGCUAGCAAAGAAGGCCUUGCAACUCUGUUCAUGGCAGAGAACUAAACUGUUGCGUGCGUCGAUGAUUCCAGUUUCAACUUUUGAAUUCGCUUCCGCAAUGUCGAGCAUGGAGGAGCCGCUCGGCCUUGACAAGCUGCCCAGCAUGAGCACCAUUGACCGGAUUCAGAGGUUCUCGUCUGGUGCUUGCCGGUCCAGCGGCGAUGAGUUGGGGAUGGGGCAUUGCUUUAUUGAUGGAAGGAAUUGCAGCUCAUCCAACAGUUGCGAGGAUGAGUCUGAAUAUACAAGAGACACCUUUCCCUGGAGAAGGCAUACAAGAGGGCUGGCUAAUGGUGAGUCCUUCAUGCGGAGGACUAGGAGCACGGGUGUGAGUCACGUCGCUAAUGGAAGUAUUCGCCAUUCGCGAAACUUUUCAGAUUAUCAAAAUGAUGCCCAAUCUCGCAACAAAGAUGUACGAGGCAGAGCGAAUAAGUUUUUGAAAGACAUACCGGCAUUUGUCAAGAUAGUAGAAGUUGGGCCAAGAGAUGGACUACAAAACGAAAAAACUAUUGUACCUACAGAUAUAAAGAUUGAAUUGAUUCGAAGACUAGUAGCUUCUGGCUUGCCAGUCGUGGAAGCUACAAGUUUUGUAUCACCUAAAUGGGUUCCGCAGCUUGCAGAUGCAAGAGACGUAAUGAAAGCAGUUCAUAGUUUGGAGGGCUCCAAAUUACCUGUCCUGACACCUAACUUAAAGGGAUUUGAAGCUGCCGUUGCAGCCGGGGCUAAGGAAGUAGCAGUAUUCGCAUCAGCUUCCGAAUCCUUCUCAAAGUCCAACAUUAACUGUAGCAUUGAAGAAAGCAUUGCUCGCUAUCGUGUUGUUACUCAAGCGGCGAAAGAGCACUCUAUCCCUGUUCGUGGAUACGUCUCAUGUGUUGUUGGAUGUCCAGUAGAAGGACCGAUUUCCCCUGCAAAAGUAGCUUUUGUGGCAAAAGCACUUCAUGACAUGGGUUGCUAUGAAAUUUCCCUGGGAGAUACAAUUGGUGUUGGUACACCUGGAACCGUUGUGCCCAUGCUUGAAGCUGUGAUGGCAGUUGUUCCUGUUGAGAAGCUUGCUGUCCACUUCCACGAUACUUAUGGCCAAUCUCUUCCAAACAUUUUAGUAUCUCUCCAGAUGGGGAUUAGCACGGUGGACUCCUCGGUAGCUGGGUUAGGCGGGUGCCCAUAUGCCAAGGGAGCAACGGGAAACGUCGCAACAGAAGAUGUCGUGUACAUGCUCAACGGCCUUGGGGUGAAGACGAACGUCGACCUGGCAAAGCUGCUCGCCGCGGGUGACUUCAUCAGCAAGCAAUUAGGCCGUGCACCGGUGUCCAAGGCAGCCGUUGCCUUGAGCCGAGCUGUCGCCGAUGCCUCCAAAAUCUGAAAGCCCAGCAAGCACCACGGCUUGUCUCCCACGGUCUUGAAAUGUAUGCUUGCUCUCUUAUCUUACAACUAUACGUGAGUGAAGAAGAAAAUAAACGACAGAUUAUGUGAACCCAAAUGGAAUUAUCAUUCCUAAUUAUGAUUAUAUGUAUACCAUUUGCCAUCGCUUCAUUCAACCGAUUUGCGGUUACAUGAAGUUUAUUGGAAGUAAUUAGUGAAGGUGGUUGAGCUGUCUUGACUGUGGAAAGGGAGAUUAAGCAGAAAGAAAAUUAUACUUGAUUAGGGUUGGACUUUAAUUAACUUGAGCUUUAAUUAAUGUUUCUUUAGUCGUCACACA